UCGUGCAGCCAUCUUGAAGACGUGUCGUACAAAGAGAAAGAGAAGGAGGAUGAAAGGCAACACGUGAUAAUAUCGAACUUUGUACCAGGCCCUACUCUUGUUCUUAUAUUCUCCAGUUCUUCAAUAAUAGAAAAAAUCAUGGAACUUUAUGUUGUACUUUCAAUAUUUUUACUGCUAUAUAUUAAAAUACUUCUUCCAAAAAGGCUAAAAUUCUUGUUGAAAGCGCUUGUGAACUUUCUCAAAAAUACUAGUACCCAGUAUUUUCUAGCGCUGAACAAUUUGCGCCUGGUGAAAAAUGCAAGAAUCGUCUUGCCUGGAAAAAUGUUAGCGCGUUUGUUUGGGAUCAGUGAGCCCUCUGGCGGUGAAUCCAGGACAAAACACCAAGAGAGUACGUCAUCUUUGCUCUUUGGCUCAAAGAAUACGUCAGGGUUUGAUAAACUCAUGUUAUGCGGGCCUCCACAAAGCGGUAAAACGUCUCUUCUCUUUGAACUUGCGCUGAGCUUUGCAGACGAAGAAAAACACGUCUUGUACAUUUGUCCCCAAAAAGUCUCCAAACUUCCUUUGCGAGCUCCAGGAAGAGCUCAGCCAGAAAGUGGUACCUUGAAAUAUAUACAGAUGGUUUAUCUGGAAACAAGGGAGGAGUUUUUGAACUAUCUGGCCUCAAUACACUUCUCAACAUCUAGAGUUUUCGAUGCAAUCAUUGUGGAUGAUAUAAAUGAGUACUUUCCCGCAACAAUCAGGAAUGAAGAUCUGCCGUUAGUUGCCAAGAUUUUUGCCUUAACAGUGGAUACUUUUCUCUUUCAACUGUCGAAACAAAUUAAUCAGCCUUCAGGUCAACGACAAUCUAGUAUACUGGUGAUGUCAGUCACUGUUCCCAGUGGUACCAAGUCUGUUCCAAGGCAGUCAUUCUAUGAACGAUGGGUACAGUGUUUUCUUCUAACCCAAGAGAAGGGGGCCAACCUCUUUGAGAUGUCAGUUUUACCGUCUCACACAAGGGAUAGCUCUUCAUUGGCAAAUGUUGUCUACAGAAUCAUUGAUCAGAGUAUUGUUGUUCAGGAGAUUGAAUAUUCUUCACAAUCUGAUGGAUCUUCAACAGAAUGAGAUCCAUCAACCCUUAGCAAUGAUCAUGAGAAACCAAAUACAGGUAUGUAUAGCUAGUUAAUAAAAGGUCUAUAAAUUGCAAGUCUAUCUUUUUAACCAAGUUUUAGGGUCAAAGGUGAGAGUACUGGCAUUCGGUCUUAUGGACAGAAAGGACGCAGCAAAGUCACAAACAGGUCACAGAAGACUCGUAGAGGGCAAGUAUUCUCCCAGUAAAAUCCUGAACACAUUCGAAAUAUAACUUUUUAUAAACAGAAAAGGAGCUAUUGAUAGGACUGUAAAUGUAUGCUGAGCACGCGAAUUGUACGCGACGAGCACGUGCCGUUCGAAACUGAAAAUGUAACAGAUAAAGAGCUGAAGGUGAUAAGUCAACUUCCGCAGCGUUUUCGAGGAGGAAAAUCUCGCGCGCAGCUAAUAAAGCAAUGUAUUUUGUCUCUGGCUGAGAGGAAAUUAAUACUAAAAAAAUUUCGGCUUGUGCUAGUUUUAAAAUUAGAAAUUAAGAGUCAUACAGAAUAAAUCUUGUUUAUUUUUAAGUCGCGUCC